AUGGAUUUGCAAGCGAUGGAUCGGCGUCACAGGAUUGGGGAAACAAAACAUGUUCAUGUUUACAGGCUAACUAGCUCAGGUCGAAUUCUAAAAAGAGCUUUUAGCAAGUUGAAGCUUGAGCAUGUGGUGAUCGAGAAAGGACAGUUUAAGCAAGAAAGAACCAAGGUAGAUAGAAGUGAUGUCAUGACGGAGGAGGAAUUGCUAGCGCUUCUUCGAGAUGAAGAAGACGGAAAUGAUAAGUGGAUACAAAUGAGCAUUAGUGACAAAAAUUUGGAGAAAAUUUUGGAUCGCAACGAUCUGAUUGUGAAUUCUUCAGAUAACAAAAACCAUGAGGCAAAGCCAUUCCCUAUUCCUCUUAAAGGACCUGGUUGGGAAGUUGUUAUCCCAACAGCAACUGGUGGAAUGCUGUCGACCCUCAACAGUUGA